GAGCUCCGCGCCACGCACGCAGGCAGGAGGGCGCUGGGAAGCGGCGGCGGCAGCGGCAGCGGCAGCCUCCGCCAGGUCCGCCGGAGGACCCCGGUUGCGGGAGAGCAGCUAAGGCGGCCCCAAGGAGCACCUCAGUGAAGCUAGCAACCCUUCCUUGGCCCCCAAAGCUAUGGGAGACCACACCGGCGGGUCCAGUCUGUAGAAUGGUAGCACAUAGCAGUGUGACGCCUGAGAAUCGAAUCGCAACAGACCUGAGAUGUCGGCUUGAGCCGCCCGUGCGGGACGCCCUGCAGGUCCGAGCUCCCCACGGCCUCGGGCAGCCCAACACCGUGCAAAGGCCACAGAGCACCCACUUCCGCACUUUUCGCUCGAAGGAGGACUUCGGCACCAUCAACCGCACCACCGUCUUGCUGGAGGAGUGUGGUUUUUACUGGGGACCGUUGUCUGUCGACACUGCCCACGAGAAGCUCAAAGAUGAGCCGCUGGGGACCUUCCUGCUCCGCGACAGCCGGCAGAAGAAUUGCUUCUUCACCAUUAGCGUUAAGACGGACACGGGGCCCACCAGCGUCCGAGUCAUCUUCCAGGGAGGACACUUCCACUUGGAUGGGAGCAAGGAGACCUUUGAUUGUCUCUUCAAGCUCCUGGAACAUUACGUUAGCUCUCCACGAAAGUUCCUGGUCGCCCCACUGCACAAAGAGCGUUUGCGCUCCUUGCAGGAACUCUGUCGCAAAAGCAUCGUGGCGACAUUUGGAAGAGAGAACUUGAGCCGUGUCCCGCUCAAUCCGGUCUUAAAGGAUUACCUGGAGUCAUUUCCCUUUAAGUUGUGAGGGUUCUGCAUUAAAUCCACGUGUACGACUGGGAGAAAUGAAAGGCAGGAGCGAAGCGGAAACUCCGGCCCCGGGAGGGAGUUGGGUCUCGGAAGGCUCAGCCCCCCACUCUUACAGGCCGGUUGGGGACGAUCCAUUCGUGCACGGAAGGCGUUGGUCAGAUGGGGAGCGUUGGUGGCGAACAUCGGAUUGCAUGGAGUAUUCUUUUACGUAGCCACUGUGUUGGGUGUGCUAAUAGCCGAAAUACACAAAGAAAUCCAGCAUCUGGGUUUUUAUAACUUUUUGGUCUAUGAACACCUCUAUUUUUGUAGCAGCUCCACUGUAUUUGAACACUUGACUUCUGAUGUUUACACAAUUGAGGGGGGAAAAACUGUUUGCACAAAUGGAGGCUUUUGGAGGCCUUAUUGAUAAUUUUCUGCUGUGCAGAAAGUUUUUGUUAUUUUGUAUCUAUUUUUUUAAAGGUGAUAAUAAACCUUAUUG